GUUCACAAAGGAUUUUUUAUGUGUUUCCACUAGCCUUUAUUAAUUUUAGAAGAACUUGAAUACGGUCGUUUAACGUAAUGUUGGACGAGCCGAAAAUCGUUGAGCAACCGAAAUUCAAAAAGCGCUUUCGGAAAAAGCCAAACAAGACUGAACCAAAAGUACGUAAACACAGUGAGGCUGUGCAGACUGACGAAAACAUCACAAAUGUCUCCCCCAAAUAUGGGCCGAUGCCAAGGUUUUCCGGCCAAAGGUUGUGGAGCAAAGCAGUAGUCAUGUUGGGAAUCACACUCUACAUUUGGUACUUUUCCAAAAGCAAUAGAGAAUCCGUUUUGGCUAGACAAGACAAAACAUAUGCGGGUCGAGGGCAACAUGUUGAGUGCGACUUAGACUAUCUGGACGAAAUACGUCACUAUCCUGGUUGCGUUCCUAAAAAGUGUGGCCGCUAUGUCAGCGAUCAAAUUGUGACAGCGGAAGAGGCUGAUGUUCUUUUGUGGCUUGCCAAGAAAGGCAUGUCGAUUGGGGGUUCCACAGGCGGAGCUACGAUUAUGGAUUUACACUCUGGGGCCUUGUCGUAUAAAGACAAUUUUAUAAAUUUUUAUACCAUGGUCAAACAAAAAUUCAUCUCUCCAUCAGAGUUGACUGUUUAUCAGAUUGUAAGGACAAAAAUUCAAAACGCCAUAGCUGAAUGUUUUGGUAUAGAUGUAGACAGUUUAUACUUGACACACCCCACGUUUUUUUCACGGCUUACCGGUAAAGAUCCAGUCACAGCCCACGAUGAGUAUUGGUUAAUCCACGUAGAUAAGCACACCUACGAGUCAUUCCACUACACCUCACUUCUCUAUCUGAACGAUUACGGCAUCGAUUUCAAAGGCGGUCGUUUUAUUUACCUGGACCAAAUGAUCGAUGCCAAACAGAACGUUUCGGUAGAGCCGCGCAAAGGCAGGGUGUCGAUGUUUACGUCGGGGGCAGAAAACCCGCAUUACGUGGAAAGGGUAAUUGAGGGCGAAAGGUUCGCUAUCACGAUUUCAUUCACUUGCGAUGAGAGUAAGAAAAUUAGCGAUCCGGUGGAUCGCUGAGGCACUUUCACUGCAUUAAAGGCGUGUUCUUUGAAAUGUUGCAUUUUUUCUUUCAAUCAAACGAAUCGCCGAAUUUAUUUAGAAUCCUUAUGAUUUAUUCAAAUUGAAAUUUGCAAUAAUAGCGCCAUCUAGUUAGGCUUUUGCCAUAAUCACUAACAAUUAGUAAAUUACCGAAAAACUAUUCUAAUAAAUUACAAUUAUUAAAUAGUUUGGAUUUAAUUGAAAGAAUCAGUUAAAUUUAUUUAAUUUUUGAAAGUGCUAAACGGCUGUGUGAACGCGGCCUUAAGUUCACAGAAUAGGAAAAAACACGUAAUUUUAACAGAAUAAUACAAGAAGUUUACAUUGCAUAACAAUUCACAGUAUUGAGGUAAUUUUUGUGAUGUCGCGCAAAUGCACAGGCCCCCAAU